UUUUUUGCAAAGGUUUUGUACUCUGGUAGCCUUGUAGGCGCUAGAGCCCGCAUCUCCUUUCUCCCGUGCGCUUCUCUCCCUCCCUCUCCUCUCUGGCCGUGUGGGCCCGAGAUGCAGUGGUUCUCCUCCGGCUCCGGGCCCUCCUCGGCGGCGUCCUCCUCCUCCUCCUCCCAGCCGUCGCUGCUCGCGGACUGGAACUCCUACGCCGCCGCCCGCUCCUCCGAGGACGCGGGCGAUGGGUUCGGGAUCGACAUCGAGGCCGCCGUCCGCUCCGCCAACGACCGCGUCGCCGGCACCUUCGGCGUGGUCUCAAAAGGUGUUAAAGGGUUGCCUGGCAGCUUUAAGUCCACAACAAGCAGUGUUCCAUCUGGCAGAUCUCUCAUGUAUUUUGGUCUAUUUCUUGCUAGUGGCGUAUUCCUAGUUUUCAUUGCAUUCACGAUAUUCCUGCCAGUCAUGGUGAUAAUGCCUCAAAAGUUUGCAAUCUGUUUCACGGCGGGAUGUGCCUUCAUAAUCGGAUCAUUCUUUGCGCUGAAAGGGCCUAAGAAUCAGCUUUAUCAUAUGAUUUCCAAAGAGAGAUUACCUUUCACUGUGGGAUUUGUCGGCAGCAUGGUUGCCACCAUUUAUGUGUCAAUGGUGCUUCAUAGCUACAUACUUUCUGUUUUCUUCUCCGUGCUUCAGGUCCUUGCUCUAGCAUAUUAUGCCAUCUCAUACUUCCCUGGUGGAUCCGCUGGAAUGAAGUUUCUAUCAUCUGCUCUUGUGUCCUCGGUGCUGAGAUGCUUUGGGCGAUGAGUUCACAUGACUGCUUCCCAGUGCUGAUUGCAUAACUGAUGCUGAACGUUCUAGUGAUGUGUAUUAUUUCGUCAUUAUAGCAAGGACAGCUUCAUUACUCCCAUAAGUUUGAUGCUACAUUGAAGCAGUGAUCGAGCCCGGUUAUAUGAUAACUUGAUUUUGAAGAAUGAUGUUGCUGGGCCCAACCCUUGUAGGGUGAAAAAAAAUGUAGAGCUCGGUUGCUGAAUGUUGAGUUUGGUCGUGUUAGACUAAGAUUUUUUCGAGAACAAAUGUAGGCUAAGAUUACAUUGUACAAAAUAUCUCACUCAAAACUGGGCCACAACUUGCGCUCAUAUUCUCCUAAAGUUGGAUAUCUCCAAAGCCUUCAAUUCA